GCGAUCAUCCAUCGUUCAGGUCCGAAGGACACGGAGAAAGCAAAGGAGGCCAACUCCGGUGCAGGUGCCAAGGCGGGCUUGAAGGGAGAGGAAAAGGCUAAGUAUAAGACUCCGCCUGCUAACGCAAAGACCCCCGGCGGUGCGAAAGGAACACCUGUAACGUUGGAGUCACUUAAUGCUCAAAUUGAGUCCCUUCGAGCCAUGACCCAAGAACAUGAAGUGAGGAUGUUGAGCAUCACCCAAGAGAAGCCACAAGCCUCCGCUGAGGAGGAGAUUCAGGUCAAGGCUCUAUUGGACAGUGGAGCCACCCAUGCUGUGGUUCCAUUCCGACGGGAAAUGAAAGAUUUAGAACGUGUAGGGGUGACCUUAGCCGGGGACCUACGGGAGGUAUCCUGGUGCAAGAAGCGGGGACUUCGAGUUACCCACUCCCGGCUAGGGCCACUUAAGGCCAUGGAGGCUGAACUACGCCAGAUGUCUUCCCCGUGUGACCCCACGGAGGUCCCAGAGGCAGUUAAGGUAAGACUCUGUGAAGAUCUCCCAGGAGUGAGUCUUGAAGGUGACCCACUGAGGUUGUGGUCUCAAGAGCGUGGCUUAGAAUACCUGGGUGUUGAUAUACGAGGCAAAGGAGGACGAAUAGCCGCGGUGCUGUCGUCGCCACCACACCGCACAUGGACAUCUGUAGAGUGCAACCAUGAUGGUCGCAGCACAGAAGAUCCAUGGGCUGCUCAUUCCCAGGAUGCCUCUGUUCUUAAGGAAAUAGCCUCUACCUCUCCAGUGUCAGGGUCCGCACCAGGCGUCAGGCUAGGCUUGGGCCUUGAUGAAGUUGAGCCCGAGCUCCUUGAGAGCCUAUUCCAGGAACUUGACCUGGACUCAAUGAAGGCUGUGGAGGCUGAGAUACGUGACGCAACCACUGGCAUUGAGUUAGUUACGCUGCGUUACUUUGUAGGCCUCAAGUCUAAGACAGGUGCUGAUGUACAACCUCCAAUGAUUCAGGAGGAGGAUGAGUUCCUGGGGGAACAGCCACUUCAGGAGGAGGGCAAGGCCUUAGAUGAGCUGCAUCUUCAAGAGGAGAGUGGGGACCCACCAGGGUUGGAUUUCGAGCCGAGCACACCUGAUAGGCAGAGGCUACUUCUACAGAUCGCCGGGGACGUUUAUUGCAUCACCAAUGAGGUGAGAGCCUUCGACCCAAGAGGGUAUCAUGCAGUGCGCAAGAAUCCAGACUGGGUGAUUGUAGGUCUGGGCUUCCGUAUUCCGAUAAGGUUUGAGGAGGAGCAUCAAAUCAAGGUUGUGCGUCAACAACAGGAGCCAGAGAGAGAGCUCGCAGAAACCAACCUACAGGCGACUCACUUCCGAGAGACCUUCAGCUGUUCCUAUGGGAACGGGACAUUGAAUAUCUACUCCCAGAAUUGCAACGGCUGGGAAUUGAAGAACCUGAGGAUCUAA